AUGUCAGCUGGCUUGAAUUAUAAAAAUUACACUGCACAGUCGCUCAAAAAUUCUGUCAUCGUCUGCAAAUCAAAUCUUAAGAUGGAACGUCAGCUUUCAAAAAAAUUCGUAUUCUUGUAA